AGUUGUCAGUCAGCUGACUGCCUUGUGACAUUCAGUGAAAAAAUUAGUGAAAUUCGUUCGUCUUGUGAGUUUGGUGGGUGAGGUUUGACGAGAAACAUAGUACACCGAAAUAAUGUCGAAAAUUGAUGACGAACGUGAGAGCGAGUAUGGAUACGUCCAUGCCGUAUCCGGUCCAGUCGUUAUCGCCGAAAAGAUGAGCGGUUCCGCUAUGUACGAGUUGGUGAGAGUUGGUUACCAUGAACUUGUCGGAGAAAUUAUCCGUCUUGAGGGGGAUAUGGCCACCAUUCAGGUAUAUGAAGAGACUUCAGGAGUCACAGUUGGCGACCCUGUCCUGCGUACAGGCAAACCCCUAUCCGUAGAAUUGGGCCCCGGUAUUAUGGGCUCAAUUUUCGACGGUAUCCAGCGUCCGUUGAAAGACAUCAACGAUCUAACCCAGAGUAUUUACAUUCCCAAGGGUGUAAACAUCCCUGCUCUGUCCAGAACCAUAAAAUGGGAAUUUAACCCGUGGAACAUCAAGUUGGGCGCCCAUUUGACCGGUGGCGACAUCUACGCCAUGGUUCACGAAAAUACAUUGGUAAAGCACAAAAUUGUUUUGCCUCCAAAGGCAAAGGGCACAGUUACUUACAUUGCUGACCCUGGUAACUACACUGUGGACGAAAUUGUUUUGGAAACUGAAUUUGACGGUGAAAGGACAAAAUAUUCCAUGUUGCAAGUGUGGCCUGUACGUCAACCACGUCCAGUUAGCGAGAAAUUGCCGGCCAAUCAUCCUCUGUUGACUGGACAACGUGUAUUGGACUCUUUGUUCCCAUGUGUACAAGGUGGUACCACUGCCAUCCCCGGAGCUUUCGGUUGCGGUAAAACUGUAAUUUCGCAAUCUUUGUCCAAGUAUUCCAACUCUGACGUCAUUGUAUACGUUGGUUGCGGAGAAAGAGGUAACGAGAUGUCUGAAGUGCUUCGGGACUUCCCCGAACUGACCGUCGAAAUCGACGGCCACACCGAAUCCAUCAUGAAGCGAACCGCCCUUGUUGCCAACACCUCAAACAUGCCUGUGGCCGCUCGUGAAGCCUCCAUCUACACCGGCAUCACCCUCUCCGAAUACUUCAGAGACAUGGGUUACAACGUGUCCAUGAUGGCCGAUUCCACUUCGCGUUGGGCCGAAGCCCUCCGUGAAAUUUCCGGUCGUCUCGCUGAAAUGCCCGCCGAUUCCGGUUACCCGGCUUACUUGGGCGCCCGUUUGGCCUCGUUCUACGAGCGCGCCGGUAGAGUUAAAUGCCUGGGUAACCCGGACAGGGAAGGUUCAGUUUCCAUUGUCGGAGCAGUAUCGCCCCCUGGUGGAGACUUCUCAGAUCCCGUCACCUCCGCCACCCUCGGUAUUGUACAGGUGUUCUGGGGUUUGGACAAGAAACUUGCUCAAAGAAAACAUUUCCCCUCCAUUAAUUGGCUGAUUUCCUACUCCAAAUACACGCGCGCACUCGACGAUUUCUACGACAAAAACUUCGCUGAAUUCGUACCUCUCAGAACCAAGGUCAAGGAAAUUUUACAGGAAGAAGAAGAUUUGUCUGAAAUUGUGCAGCUGGUAGGUAAAGCCUCGUUGGCCGAGACCGACAAAAUCACCUUGGAAGUGGCGAAACUGUUGAAAGAAGAUUUCCUGCAACAAAACUCGUACUCCUCGUACGACAGAUUCUGUCCGUUCUACAAAACCGUCGGCAUGUUGAGAAACAUGAUCGGUUUGUACGACAUGGCGCGUCACGCGGUAGAAAGCACGGCGCAGUCGGAAAACAAAAUCACGUGGAACGUGAUAAGGGACUCGAUGAGCAACAUUUUGUACCAGCUGAGCAGUAUGAAGUUCAAGGAUCCCGUCAAGGACGGCGAGGCCAAAAUCAAGGCUGAUUUCGAUCAGCUCUACGAAGACAUCCAGCAGGCCUUCAGAAAUUUGGAGGAUUAAAUUGCAUAGAGUAAGUUAAGUUUACAUACCAACAGCCUUCACCAUAUCUUGGCGAUAAUAAUAAUAUUAAUUGAUUUAUUGAUUAAUUAAGGGGGCGACCCCCUUUGAUAUUAAUGUACAAUACAGUGUUUAUAAAUAAUUAGUUGAAUAGUUGUUAAGAGAAACGUCUAUGUAUAGCAGAUUUUUAGUGGUGAGGGUAAAGUUUUCCUUUCAAUUUACAUAAUUCCCUUCAUUCCAAUAAUUUUAGGGACUCUUCUUUUUUGCAAGGUUUGUUUAUUGUAUCAUGUAAAAUAUACAUUUAUCAUAAGAGGUGCUUCAAUUUUUGUCCAGUAUUAUAUAAUUGUUCUUUAUACUUUUAAUCGCCAUAUACAUAUUAUUAUUUGUCUCUGUUGUAUAUUACAUUAUUUUAGCAUUUUUAAAAAUUUUAUCCUAAUUGUACAGUAUACAUGUAUCAAAUUUAUCCAAUACCUAGAUAAUUGUAGUGCAAUUGUUCUUUUAUUAUGAACAUUAAUAAAUGCAUUGUUGUUUGAAAAAA